AUGAUAAAUUGACAACUCAAGAAUUUAAACAAAAAAGGAAAAUGGCAACUAAAUGAUGGUAUUCACCCCAAAGGUGACAAUUAUGAAAGAUAAACAAGAGUAUAAAGAAAUCUUAGUUUAUAGUAGUUAUAGUUCACCCAAAGGUGUUGUGACCACUAAAUUGUUCAAUUGUUAAAUAGUUAUUGCAGUUAAUGCAAGGUCUUUGAGUUGAUUAGUGCAUUUUGAACUCAAAAGUUAGAAAUAUAAUUGCGAUUGAUACUCUUGUUAAGUUUAAUUACAACCAUGAUUUUUUCAUGUCUUAUAAGCAAUAGAAUUGGUACACAAUCCCAAGCAGGACCACAGUUGACAAUACCGCCUACCGGCCUCCUGCUAACCUCAAUGGUUUGUUUGUCAUGUGUUUAAUCUUGAGGUCCAAGGUUCAAGGCUUGGUUGGAGAAGAAGAAGAAAAGUUGACAUUAUACGUCCUUACGUCUGUGGCGUAUGGGCCUCUCACGAUCAGAAAACGGUCCCUUCUUUGAUUGUUGUGUCUAAUUCUUAGUUCGGAUGCCUUUUUUUCUACAAUUAUAUUCUGUCUCUUGUCAGGAGGGCUUCUUGUGUGUCGUACAAGUUCGCCCAUUUCCACUCUACGAGUGAGUAAGCAUUUCUGUGCUGAUGUCACCCUGUUACGUCACCGCAUUCAAGGUUUACGUCUUGUAUCCCACUGUUCCAGUAGAUUGGAAUCUUGCCGUCUUAAUAGAAGAUUGUCCUAAAUUCUUGUUCGGGACUUCUGAGUCUUCGUUUGGACACAAAACCAUAAAGUCUACAGUUUUUAUUUUUUUGUUAGAACCAUAUAGGUUACAGUUACUCACUCCAGAGCGGAUGAUGCGGCUUGACUACCUUGACUUUGAGGGACUAGGAGUCGCCAUAAACUUGCAGGGAAGGAUCACCGGAGCUCCAAUUCUUUUUUCGAUGAAUCACCAGAGCUUUUUAGAUUUCUUUGGUAUAGGAUAACCGGAGCUUCGUUCUUCCUUGCUGAUGAAGAAAACCUGUUUUUACUUUUCAGUGAUCCUCGGUAAGGAAGGAGUUAGAGCACCGAAGUCAUGGCCGAAAAUCAUUGUCAAGAAGAGGAAGCUUCCGAAUUCUCUGUAGCGACCGGUGAAAUUCCUCACUCAGUGGCCGAUGAUGAAGUUCAACCAAUCUCAAAUGUCAAUAAUUCACCUACGGAUCCAAGGAUCAUCGCUAGAAAAUAUCAGUUGGACCUCUGUCAGAAAGCUGUGAAUGAGAAUGUGAUUGUUUACUUAGGGACCGGUUGUGGCAAAACUCACAUCGCAGUGCUGCUUAUCUAUGAGCUUGGUCAUAUGAUUAAAAAGCCUAAGAAGAAUAUAUGUGUAUUUCUUGCACCAACUAUUCCACUGGUCCGGCAGCAAGCCAGGGUCGUUGAGGAAUCCACUGAUUUCAAGGUUGGAAGCUAUUAUGGAAAUUCUAAGCAUCUGAAGAGUCAUGCUGAUUGGGACAAAGAGAUUGAACAGUAUGAGGUUCUUGUUAUGACCCCUCAAAUACUGCUACGUAGUUUACAUCAUUGCUUCAUCAGAAUGGAGCAAAUUGCACUUUUGAUAUUUGAUGAGUGUCAUCAUGCACAGGCACAAAGCAGUCAUCCUUACGCACAAAUCAUGAAGGAGUUCUAUGAAACUGGUGCAUUGAAACAGCCCCGCAUAUUUGGCAUGACAGCGUCUCCUGUCAUGGGCAAAGGUGCAUCUAAUCAAGUGGAACUACCAAUAUGUAUCAACAGUCUUGAGAAAAUACUUGACGCAAAGGUUUAUUCUGUUAAGGACAAGGAAGAAUUGGAAACUUUUGUGGCAUCUCCAAAAGUAAAAUUUUAUUACUAUGGUCCUAUAGAGAAUGCUUCUUUGAGCUAUGAUGCAUCCUGUGUUCAAAAACUUGAAGAGAUAAAAGGCCAGUUUAUGUCAAUGCUGCGCACGGAAGUUGAUGAUCGUAGCCGCCUACGCAACAAUCAAAAGUCACUUUUGAAGCUGCAUAGCAAUCUUAUUUUUUGCUUGGAAAAUCUUGGUCUUUGGGGAACAAAGCAAGCCAUCCGGAUCUACUUAGAUGGUGAUAAUUCUGAGGGAAAUGAAUUGAUGGGAGCAGAAGCUGGUUCUGGUGAGAACUCCUUGGCAGAUCGUUAUCUAGCUAAUGCUGCCUCCAUCUUGGACUCUGAUUUAAUGAAGGGUGGAACUGGAACCGGAACUGAUUUAUCUACCCUGGAGGCUUUAAAGGAACCCUUUUUGUCCAAAAAGCUACUGACUCUUAUUGAAAUUUUGUCUACUUUUAGGUUACAGCCAAAUAUGAAAUGCAUUGUUUUUGUGAAUCGGAUCAUUGUUGCAAGGUCCUUGUCCUUCAUUCUCAAGAACUUGAAGUGCUUAGAAAUUUGGAAGAGUGAUUUCCUGGUAGGGAUCCAUUCUGGACUCAAGAAGAAUAUGUCUCGGAAAAUCAUGACUUCCAUUGUUGAGAAGUUCCGCUCCGGGGAGCUGAAUCUGUUGGUUGCAACUAAAGUGGGGGAAGAAGGACUUGAUAUUCAGACAUGCUGCCUUGUAAUAAGGUUUGAUUUACCAGAAACUGUUGCCAGUUUUAUACAGUCUCGAGGCCGUGCACGGAUGCCACAGUCCGAGUAUGCUUUUUUGGUUAACAGGGGAAACCGGAAAGAUGUUGACCUGAUCGAAAGUUUUCUAAGUAACGAGGAUCAUAUGAAUAAGGAAAUUACAUGUAGAACAUCUGGAGGGACAUUUAAAGCAAUUGAGGAUGCAAUCUACAGAGUUGAUAUUACUGGUGCCUCAAUUAAUGCUAACUAUAGUGUUUCCUUACUCCACCAUUAUUGCUCCCAACUCCCUCAUGAUGAAUAUUUCAACCCUACGCCAGAAUUCUUUUACUUUGAUGAUUUAGAAGGAACACUCUGCCAUAUAAUUCUACCAUCUAAUGCUCCCAUUCGUGAAGUUAUCGGUGUAUCCCAGCCUUCAAAAGAAUUAGCUAAGAGAAAUGCUUGUCUGAGAGCAUGCGAAGAAUUGCAUAAACUGGGUGCCCUCACAGACUAUCUUCUACCAGGCCAAGUUGAUGAAAUGGAAGGAUUAGCGUUGCCAUCAUCCAACUCUGGGAGAAGUGAAGAUGAGUCCUUGCGAGGAGAAAUUCAUGAGAUGUUAAUACCUGCUGCUCUCAGAGUACCAUGGAAUAACUCCGAAAAUAUUAUCAUACUUAAUCUUUAUUUUAUAAGUUUUACGCCUAUUCCAGAAGAUAGACUGUACCAAAGAUUUGGUCUUUUUGUAAAAGAACCUCUUCCGGGGGAGGCUGAGAAAAUGGAACUUGAUCUUCAUCUCGAUCAUGGUAGAAUUGUGAGGACAAAUCUUAUUCCUUCAGGGUUGAUUGAAUUUCUUAAGGAUGAGAUUUUGCUAGCAGAGCAUUUUCAAGAAAUGUUUCUCAAGAUCAUACUUGACCGCACUGAAUUCCUUUCUGACUUUGUACCCUUGGGGAAGAAUGAGUUAUCUCGAUCAUCAACCUUUUACUUGUUGCUUCCCGUCAAGGAGCAUGUACAUGAAAAUGCAAUGACUGUUGACUGGGAGAUUGUUAGAAGGUGCUUAUCUUCACCAAUUUUCAAAUUUCCCACAGGUGCUUUUGAAAAUAGUGCUCUUCCUGUCAACCAGACCUUGAAGCUUGCUAGUGGUCCUACAAAGAUAACUGACAUCUUGAACUGUUUGGUGUUCGUCCCACACAAGAAGUCGUUUUUUUUCAUUGAUGGCAUUCUUUCUGAAAAUGGAUACAGCCCAUUUAAGGAUUAUUCAAGCUAUGAAGAGUACUUCAUGAAGCAGUAAGUAAUUUAUUCACUCA